AUGAAAUAUAAGUAGAAUGGUCAUCUUUUUGCAGAUGGCAAUUACAUAGAAUUCAGUGUCAAUAAUAAUUCUUAAUUUAGAUUCUAAUCAAUACCAGAGGAAGCUAUAGCUUAAUUAUAUGACAGUAGUUCAGAUUUCAAUUAGAUUGAAAAUUUAUCAGAAUCUAAACUUUCUCCUGAAAUCAUUGCAUAUCAAGAUAAAAAGGCAAUAAGUUUAUUUCAGAAAUUCUUAAAUCAGAUUCCAGUUUUUCAUCCAACUUCAAAAGGUUUGAUGGCUUGGUAAUUUUUCAUUGUCGUCAUCAUAUUUUUUUAUUUUUUUUACAUUCCAUUAAAAGUAAUUUUAGAAGUUUUAUUCAGUUAGCAUUUUAUGAUGAAAUAAGUAAUCGUAGACCUGAUAAUGAUGUAGCAAUUAAUACGUUUCUUUUAUUAACCAUAUUUAUAUUAUUAUUUGAUCUUUUGGUAUCAUUUAAUACUGGAUAUACAGAAAAUGGAUAAGUAAUUUUAGAUAGAAAUAAAAUAUUCAAAAAUUAUAUAAUUAUUGUAUGAUUAUAAUAUUUAAUAUAGGAAUUUGAAUUAGAUCUAAUUGGUGUGUUGAGUUUGAUUAUCUCAUACAUUUUGAAAAAUGAUAUCUUUAGAUUAUUAUUUUAUUUGAGAAUUUAUUAUGUCAUAAGAUUUGAUAACAAAAUAGAUAAUAAAUUACUGCUUAAAAAAAGUAAUAAUAUUAUAGGAUAUUAAAUUAGCAAUAAAAAGUAUCUAUAUCCUAAUAAAACUAAUAAUUGUAAUGCUCUUUGUAGCUCAUAUAAUGGCUUGUAUUUUUUAUGGAAUUUCAUAUGCUGAAUUCUUAAUAGAUGAAAACAGUGAAACCAUUUUCAUUAAUACAUGGAUAAUUUAUAAUAAUUUUGUGAUAAAUGAUCAAGAAAUCUUUUAAUUCUCAAUAUUUGACAGAUACUUGAUAGCAUAUUACUGGGCUAUUACUACAGUAUCAACAAAUGGUUAUGGAGAUAUAACCCCAAAGAAUAAUUAAGAAAUUGCAUGGACAUUAUUGACAAUGAGUAUAUAUUCUAGUAAAUAUUUAAGUUAUUGCUGGAAUGGUAUUUGCAUUUAAUAUUUCAUCAAUUAGGGAAACCUUAUUAAAUUUAAAUUAGGCAGAAAUUAUGGAACAUAAUUUCGAAGCAAUUCUUAAUCAUUAUAUGAAAAAGAAAAGAAUAUCUAUUAAAACUUAAGAAAAAGUCAAUGAUUAUUUUUAGUAUAUUUGGAAACAAGAAAAAAAUCGUAAUCGAGAAAUAGAAGAUAUGUUAAUAUAAAAAUUAGCACCUGAUUUAAAAUUGCAAUUAUAAUAUGAAACUUAUAUAUAGUUUGUAAAUUGUAGAAUAUUUUACAUGAUGUAUUUUAGUAAUGACUUUCUUUACUAAUUAACAUAAUAUAUGGAAGAACAUACAUGUGGUACAAAAGAAGAAAUAUAAUUUGAAGAUUCAUAAGGAGAUUAAUAUUUGAUGUAUUUAUAAAAAGGAGAAAUUCUAAUAGUAUAAAUUAUAUGAAAUUUAGCAUGUGGACUGCUGUUAUAAUUAAAUAAUGGUGAAGACGAGAGUAGAUUAUGUAAAUUAAGGGAAUUGUUUAGGACAACAAUCUUUUUUUAUGAAUGAACGUUAUCCAUUUAAAGCAUAGACAUAAUCUUGGUGCAAUAUAUAUAGAAUAUUGAGAUCAAGAUUUGUAGAGGUGAUUAGACAAUAUUAGAAAGAUUUUGAGUUAUUUCAUUUGGUUAUAUCAAAGAAAUACAGUGAACCAGAGGAAUUUUAUAGAAAAUUGGAUCUUAGAUGUUUAACUUGUUUUUCAGAGUAGCAUUAAGCAGAUUCAUGUGAUGUGACUCAUUUUAAUAAAAAAGAUUUUAUUUUUAGGAUUAAUAUUAAAGAUGAUAAGCUAAAAAGAGAACAAUUUGAAAGAAAAAGAAGUAAAUAUCAUAAAUCAAUUCUUAUUUAACAUUAAUUACAUAAUGCAGCUUAAGAUUAAAUGAUUAGAAUGAAGUAGUAUUAAUUAAAGAAACAAUAAAAUUUAGAUGGCAGUUUUGAGGAAUCUGAAGAAGAAGAAGAAGAUUUAAAAUAGUAGAAAUAAUAUUAAGAUUAAGUAGGAGAGAUUAAAUUGAUGUUAGGAAAAAUUCUUAGACAUUUAGGAGAAGAUGAGAAUAUGAAAUAGAGAGUUAAAGUUUUUACAUAAUAACGUAAAUUAUUCAAUAAAUAGUGUAGGACCUUAGUUUGAUCCUUUUGAGAAAUCAUUUUGCAUAGAUGAAGUGAGAAAUUAUGAAUAUUUCUAUCCAAAGUACAACUUGAUUACUAUAAUAAAUAAAAUUUUUGAUAAAUGA